AUGAGCCUCAAUACAAGUGAUACCAGCCCUCCCGGCGCUGCAUGGGAUGGGUACGAUAUGGAAGCCAUAUUCUCCCCUUUCUACUGGGGGACUGUUAUCUCCUUAGUUUUGUCAGGAAUCACCUUUCUUCAGGCCUAUACCUAUUUCCCGAGCAAAGAUAGGCGCUCUGUUCAGACUGUCGCCGCGGUCAUGAUCGUCCUCGAUAUUGCCUCCACCGCUCUGUGUGCCAAAGGGAUGUAUAUCUACUUUGUUCCCCACUUCGGUUCGAUGCUGCCGCUCCAAACGCUCACUCCGACUAUCGCCUCUGAAUGUUAUCUCGCCGUGAUUAUCACUUUCCUUUCGCAGCUCUACUUUGCCUGGCAAAUCUGGACAGUGAGCAAGGACCGUAGUAUGUUCAAGUAUGUCAUGUCGGGGCUAGUUGUCCUCUUCGGUAUCGUUGCCUUUGGUAAGCAUCUCCCUUACAUCACAGAGAAAGCUGAGCUCAUUGGCAUGGCAGUUGGAGGGAUAUCAUGCGCUACGUUCAUGAUCAUCGACAAGAUGUACAUUCUUAUGAACCGCAGCGACCGUUUCACUAUUGCCGUUGGGAUAGCUAAGGGUGCUGCCGCGGUGUCAGAUGCGAUUGCUACGGUUGCACUGUGUUACUCCCUUGGGAGUGCACGUACUGGUUUUGAUCGCACGGACUCCAUCAUCAAAACCUUGAUGGGAUACGUCGUGGAGCGUGGUAUAUUGGUCACUCUGAUUCAGACCCUGUUUCUGGUACUCUUCUUUGUCAAGCCUGGGCAUCUUUUCUGGCUUUCGCUGCAUGUUAAUGUCACCCGUCUUUACGCCAAUACCUUCUUCGCCAUGCUAUGGAGGCUUAACGGAAGGGAACGUCUCAAGCGCAUCGGCAAUCAGUCUCAAAGCACAUACGUGAUGUCGAUGGGCAUAGACAAGGCUGUCAAGCAAACUGGAGGCGAAGGCGGAAUGUCAUUCAACACAGUGUCAAGCCCCGAGACCAGUUUGGGCUCUGUGCAGAUUGAAAAGAGUACAGUCGUUGCAAGCUUCUGA